AUGCCGAUACCCUCGCUGACUUCGUCACUGAAGACGCGAGUCCAGAGCGGGAAGGCAAAAGAGUCGAAGGCAUCAAAGUCUUCCCCCAACCCGCCACCCGAGAGCCGCGAAGAGCGCAGUCGAGUCCGGGCUGCGACAACUGCUUCCAUCCACCAUACCUCAGCCGUCGAGGGUUCUAAAAAGCAACGCCAUCUUCCGCAACCAGGGGAGCUGAAAUACACUUCCUGUACCGGUCGAGAUGACACCACCAGACGACAAGCGGGAGCAGCAGCGAUGCUGCCGCCUCCCCUCCCUGCUUCGGCAAAGUCCAAUGACACCACCUCCUCCAGCGGGCCAGGAGUCUCUGGCGUUCCAAGUCGCCUGAGGCCCCGUUCUAUGUAUCAAACCAGCUCGCAUGGGCUUCUUCCCCAAGCCUCUGUUACCGGCACUACAAGGCGCAUGAUGGAGCAGGGUGUAGAGAGGCCCAGCACUGCACAUUCGCCGAAUAUUACUCGGUCCCAAUCCCUUCGCAAACCCGGUUCAUCAGCGCGAGUUGCACCGCCAGCUUCCGCUCGCACACACAGUCGGACGCAGUCGGUGGACACGGCGGGAAUAAACAAUGGGAUAUCCGUAGAAGCCAUGGGAAAGAGGGAGAGGCCCCGGUCAUCAGUUGUACCUCCAGGUGACCUCAAAGGUGCCGCGAAUGAUGUGCCAGUCGAUUCGACGGAGCAUGCGACUUUGGAUAACGGGCGACACGCAACAAUAAGACGGUCAGGUAGCGUCCGCACUGGAGCGACAGCAGGACAUGCGUCCGAGUCCGUAAGCUUGGCGACGAGAGCCGGCGGAGUGCCUGAGAAACGGCCCGCUUCGAGAGUACAAAGCGCGAACGCCGAACAGAAUAAGAGCCAGUCGCGGCCCGCAUUCACAACGCUUCAGCAACACUAUACACCUAGGAAGGUUGGGAAGGCUCCGACUUCAACGUUCUUGCGUCCCCCUGCGCCUGAUGUCGAAGCGCACGCAAUCGCUCCGGAGAUGGCUGCUGUCCAGGCGGAGCUUCUGCAAUUACACUUACUGCACGAGUCAGCCGACCGUACAGAGAAACAAUGGGAACUAAACGCGAAGAGAAAGCUUCAUCGCAGAUUCGACGAGGUUGCCAGUCUGCAUCGUGUUAUGCGAGAGAGUGAGCUCAAGACGCAAGAGCAGCAGAAUCUUCAAGCGCUGACUGAGUGGAGCGCUUCCCAUUCGUCCUGCAGCUUUGCGGAACACAUCCAGAUUCUUUCUGGGCCCCUCCAGGAGCUCCCAUUACUGCUCCACCCUGGCGGUCGGUUCGAGCGUCUAGUGUCCGGCUUCCAACAUUGGGUGACGCGGGUUGAGGCUAUUUGGGAGGCGAGGGAGAAGGAUUCGCCAUCUGCACCUGGUAGCCUGACAUCCGUUGAGGCCCUAGGUGACAGCUGGAGAGCCGACAACGCAUCUCUGACACGGAAGCUGACGAGCUUCCAGCGCGACCUCGCUAGGUUAGCGAAACCGCCGCCCGAAUCGAGUAUCGCAUCCAUUGUGAGUGCCUGCUCGCAACUGGUGGAAGGGGUCUUGGAAGAGCUAGUCAUCAUGCAGAAGAUCCAAGAGGACAUUGUCAAGGCAGAACAAGAGUGGGUCAAAACAAGCCUGCAAAUCAUCGCCCGAGAUAUUGGAAAGCUACUGGACACAGAAGAGGAUCUUGUGGCUUGGCGACAGUGA